CUCAAUCAGGGCCAUUUUGCCAAUUCGCGUUUUGCCACCCACUCCUCACUGGUACCUCCAUUGUGGAUUGCAACCAGGAUAUCGGGAGAACUGUCCAUGCCAAUGGGUUCAGAUAUGAACAUGCGACUCUGGUUGCAGUUUGUGCUCUUGUUAGUUGCGAGACACUUCGCUCGAGGGCGGUCCGUGAUGCCUGCACCUGCCAAUGAUGACGAUGCCCAGGGAUUGUUGCAGAUUCCCGAGCACAAACUCAAAAAGCACUGCCUUCGCCCCAACGGCAGUGGACAUUGGACUGCUCAGUGCUUUGAAUGUUCCUAUCCUCACAAUUCGAGUAAGUUUCGCUUGUUUUGUGACUAUUGCUGCUUCGUUUUUACUGAUCCCAAUAUCACUCACAAUGCUCUCACAGAAGUGAGACUGCCAAUGGCGAAUCCAGAAGGCACGGUUUCCCACCUGUGAAAGACUAAAAAAGAAAGGAAACUGCGAAAAUCCACUAUUCACAGUUUCCAGACUGUGAAACCACAGUUUCAGAACUGUGAUGGUUCAAAGGCAGUGCGUUUCUGGAUUCAAAUUCAAGUUUUCGGUGAUUAUGCACAGGCAUUUGGCGUGGCAUUUUUUACAUUCCGCUUUGCCUAUUUCGCUUGUUUUGUGACUAUUGUUGCUUCGUUUUUACUGAUCCCAAUAUCACUCACAAUGCUCUCACAGAAGUGAGACUGCCAAUGGCGAAUCCAGAAGGCACGGUUUCCCACCUGUGAAAGACUAAAAAAGAAAGAAAACUGCGAAAAUCCAAUAUUCACAGUUUCCAGACUGUGAAACCACAGUUUCAAAACUGUGAUGGUUCAAAGGCAGUGCGUUUCUGGAUUCAAAUUCAAGUUUUCGGUGAUUAUGCACAGGCAUUUGGCGUGGCAUUUUUACAUUCCGCUUUGCCUUUUAAGGAGGCAAGCAUGACAAAGACCGCAAAUGCCCAUCAAGAGAGGAAGACAAAAAG